CGCCCCAGCAUGGCCGCUGUGCCCAGCCCCUAUUGAGGAGGCGCUGGGACUCUGCCAGCCCAGAGCCGUCGCUCCGCUCGGCCCCGCUCCCAGGCAGGCUCCGGCUCCGGCUCGACGAUCCCUCCCCAGGGCCAUGGCUGAGUGGGCGCCCGAGCAGGCUCUUGAAUGGGACAUGGAGUCCCAGGACCUGUCACUUGAACAGCCUCUUGCUGUCCCCGAACCAACUUCUAUGGAAGAAGCAGAUCUUCAGACGGCAGAGAUUUCCCUUACGGUUGUGGCGGAAAUCCAAGCUGUGGACAGGAAGGUUGAGGUUCAGGCAGCACAACUGAUGAAUCUGGAGGGAAGAAUGAGGAUGGCAGAAACGAAACUAGUCGGUUGUGAGAAGACAGCGGUGGAGUUUGGGAACCAGCUGGAGAGUAAGUGGACUGCACUGGGAACUCUGAUCCAGGAGUAUGGGCAACUGCAGAGGAGGCUGGAGAACAUGGAGAACCUGCUGAAGAACAGGAACUUCUGGAUCCUGAGACUCCCCCCUGGUGCCAAUGGAGAAGUCCCCAAGGUCCCGGUGACUUUCAACAACAAUUCAUUUAAUUUCUCUGAGCAGGAGUGGAAGAGCUUGGACGAAUGGCAGAAGGAGCUUUACAGGCACAUCAUGAAGGGCAACUACGAGGCUGUGAUCUCCCUGGACGCUGCCAUUUCCAAACCUGACCUUCUGUCCCGGAUUGAACGAGGGGAGGAGCCCAGUGUGGGAGAUCAGAGUGACUCUGAGGAAAGACAAAUCCCUGCAGAUCCCGGCCUGGGAUCUCCCGUUUCUACUCCCAGUGAGAGCUUGUGGACAAAAUACGAGGAGCCGCCUGUUGCAAAUCAGGGAGUCUCUGAAGAGGGAGGGAUCCCUACGGACCUUGGCACAUAUGAGCAGCAGUGUGGUGAGGAAGGUCCCGCAAACCUAGAUCUUCCUAGCCUGUUACCAGGUGACUGGGAAGAGCUUUUCUCCAGUCCUGAGGAGGAACUGACGAAGGAGAGCCAGUCCAGCUCAGCAGUGUUGCAGAGAAACCCUCCCGGCAGUGGGCUGAGGCGAUCUGCUCGCCGUGGAAGAGAUUUAAUGAAAACCGUCUCUGAGGAAGCACAUACAGCAGAGGGGCCGUACAUAUGCUGCGAGUGUGGGGAAAGCUUCAUAGACAAACAGCUUUUAGCCACACAUCAGAGAAUCCAUGCGUCAGGGGGAGCCUGCACUUCUUCUCUGGAGCAUGGAGAAAACAUUAGACAGAAACCCAAAGUCACAACUCCUCCAAGAACCCAGGCGCCCGUCCGUUCAAAACCCCCUAAGCGUCCUGAGCCAGAGAAAAGCUCCAAUCUCAAAUACGGCUUUGUAAAACACCAGGCAAACCAUAUGGUGGAGAGACCCUAUACGUGCACUCAAUGCAGGGAGAGCUUUAGUCUGGAGGUGAGCCUUAUCUUACAUCAGAAGCUUCACACGGGGAAGGGUGAUGGGCCCCUGACGUGUACGUAUUGCGGCAAGGACUUCCGGGAUCUCUCCAAAGCGAUCCGACAUCAGCGGAUCCACACUGGAGAGCGCCCCUAUCAGUGCACGGAGUGCGGGAAGAGUUUCAUCCGCAGGGAUCAUCUCCUGAAGCACUGGCGGGUCCACACGGGGGAGACGCCGUACCAGUGUCCCGUCUGUGGGAAGAACUUCCGCUACAAGGAGUCGCUGAACUGCCACCAGAAAAUUCACACGCGGAACCCCCAGCCCCUGGAGAGUUCACAGCAGCUGGAGACGGGAACCCAGACCACCCUCCUCGGUGUGAAAAAAGAAAAUAAACAGUAGCUCCCCCUGGGUGGGGACUGAGGGGCUGUUGCAUUUAAAAUAGAAGCAUGUGAGGUGCAGCACAACGGCGAAUGAACGGAAGCCACGGCCUGUCCUUAUGGCCAUGUUACAAAGCUUUGCUUCCGUGACGUUUAAAUGGAGUUCCUCUUAAUAACUAUUGAGGUGAAAUCCACCCCAUGCCGAGGGCCAGCAUGAGGCCUAUGCACCACUUAAACCCUGUGGGGGUUGCAUGGGAUUUAAUAGGCCUUGUGGACUUCAUCCCUAAAGAAUAAAUGAGCUAUUCCCCAGGCUGCCAGCUGGGGUCAGCAUUUAGCAGGUGUUUCCCCACCUAUCCUGUUUCUGGUGCAUAUUUAUAGGAGUGAUAUGAAUUUUCAAGGUCAUUGUCCCCCCCUUCCCCUCUGCUUUUGUUGCAAUGCUGGAAGCAUGGGGGGGGGCACCAUUCCCAUCACCAGGCCAGUCAAUCUAGCAGAAGAGAAGAACUUGGCUGGGGAGGUGAUGCGGGGUGGGGAAAGGGACACAUACAAAAAAAGAACAAAGCAGGAAGAAGUGGUUGCAGAAACGGUCCUGGAAUGGGACGCUAGAGGGGACUGGAGAAGAGGCGACCGGGUGGGAGGCAGAUGGACGUGGAUGAAGGCUGUUGGGUUGGAGACUAACUCCAGAGGAGGAUGUGACCGCAGAGAUACUCUGUUCUCAUUCUACCCCGAGGGGGUGAAAUUACCUACCAAGCAGGCUCUAGACUCUCUUUUGGACUUGGCCCAAGGGAAAGGUGCCAGUGAUUCAUUCAUAUGAACUUCCACUGAAGGUGAUUUUACUGGUCACAAGGCUAAGUGACCCAAGUCAGAGCAACUUAUGCUAACCCUGGAAGGGGUUGUUUUAGUUAAUGAUAUAUCAGAACUAGGAUAUUAUUCUAAGAUACAAUAAAACAUGUGGCACUAUAUUUCACAGUUGAUCUAAGCUAUUUAAAUGUAUGAAAUAACUGACCCAAGUUUUUCAGACUUUUGUAAAUAUUGGUUGAAUUAUAUAAGAAAUAAGUGUUGUUAAGGAGUGACUGUAACUAGAUGUCUCUUCCUUUGUGUAAUGUCAGCUGCUGGUUUGUGGUUGUUUUUUGUAAUACCUUUUUUGCAAAACCUGUCAAUACAGUGUUUCCAUUCUGAAGCCCUUGUCCCGCGAAUCAGUGGCUGGAGCUCUGUCCUACCUCCCUGCCAGUCUCCUCCUCUCCCUGCUGUAUAGUUCUCUCUUUCCCUGCUCCCAUGCCUGACCCACGCUUGGCUGUACCUAUUCGAGUUGCAAGUUUUCGUGGCACUUUCCUAGCAACCAAAUUAGUUUGUCAAUUGCAUGAUCUGAACUAGCUCUGGCUUGUAGUCACUGAGAACAAUAUUGUCAAGGCCAAGCAUUGAAAAAUCAUGUCACCCCCCCCCACCCCCAAAUCAUGAGAUUGGUUUCAGCAUCCUGAGAUGUUAAAAGUAAUAAAUGAUGGAGAUGUG